AUGGUCACAGCUCGUUUCGUGCUGGACGAUAAGUCUCCACUCAUCCAGUAUGACACUAGCUUUCUGGCAACAGAGGAUAAUAGCAACUUGGUGGACACUGACUUUAGGGCUGAUUUUGUUCAUGUAGUUGCUAUCGGGGCACAUACACCAACACCAACGUUCCCUCUGCCUCUCUGACGUGGACCUUCAAUGGUACAGCAUUUACUGUCUGGGGUGCAACCUCGCCUUCGCAUGGAAACUUCAGUUAUUCGAUAGACAGCGGUCAGAAUAUGUUCGGGACCGCAAACAGCGGAUUAGUCUACCAGCAGCCUCUCGUGGUUGUCGAAGGUCUCACGCAGGGUACACAUACUCUAAAGAUAACAAGUAAUGGUGUUGGGAGCACACCGAAUUUGGACGUGGAUAUGAUCACUUUCGAAAGCGACCUUCAAGCUGACGGCCUGGGUCCUCUUAUUGCCAGCAUCAUCCAGGACACUGACUCACGCUUCCAAUACUCGUCAUCGUGGAAUACCAGCCCCACGAAUGUGUCGCUGUUUUCAAAUGGAACUGGACAUGCUACGACGACUUCCCAGAGCAGCGUUACCCUCUCAUUUACAGGCGCCGCUGUAUCUAUCUUCGGCUCGGUGGGUCCCAACAACGGGCAAUACCAGGCCCAAUUAGACGGUGUUACAUAUCCAGUGCUUAACGGCACCUCCUGGGACACGUUCACCCAGGUGAUGCUGUAUCAUGCGAACGACAUCGGGGACAUCCCGCAUGAGCUGGUUAUAAUUAACCAGCCGGCGGCAAACUCGGCUCAGACCGCGUUGGCUAUUGAUUAUGCAGUAUGCAGAGAUCCUCACUUCGUACGCAAGUCCUGGUAGCGCAUUUCCCGAUUCUAAUGAGGGGCCACAAACUUUAAGCAUGCAAAGCCCUCCCAAAGGAUAUGUAGCUGGACUCAUCGUGACUAGCAUCAUCGCGCUUCUCGGCAUAUUCACAACGCUCUUCAUCCUUCGGCAGAACCACAAGCUGAAGCGCUAUCAACGCCUCAUGGCACGACCGUACGUCCCCACGCCCAGCAAUGGAUCAGACGGACUCAACAGGCCCAUCACGGUCCUUUCAACUGAGACGCAGAGUGCCGAGCAGGUUACUCCAGAGGCAGCGUCUUCACAUGUUAUGGAUAUCUCGCCAGCAAUGGCCGAGACGCAGACGCGCGGACUGCCACGACGACCGGCCUCGAUGCUGAGCCAGAGUGCAAUGAGUGAUGCGCCUCCGGCUUACGAUCGCGGGUGAUACAAACUUGGGAGGGACAAUCUGAGACGAGCUGAGGUGGGUUUCGAGCUCGAGCUGGUCUAGGGAUGACAGUGGCGUAAU